GGCGCGCCCCCGGCCGGCACGCGCGCGGCCCACGCAGCUUGGAACGCGGGAGGCCCAGGCUGCUGAGUCCCUCCCGCUGCUAGGCGCCGAGGGCCGGGCUGUGCCUGGGCAGCCGCGUGGGUGGCCAGUGGCAGGCGGCUGUGUGCGGGAGUCGCAGACAUGUUGCUGCUCAAGAAACAGACGGAGGACAUCAGCAGCGUCUAUGAGAUUCGGGAGAAGCUCGGCUCGGGCGCUUUCUCUGAGGUGGUGCUGGCCCAGGAGCGGGGCUCUUCACACCUUGUCGCCCUCAAGUGCAUCCCCAAGAAGGCCCUGCGAGGCAAGGAGGCCCUGGUGGAGAAUGAGAUUGCGGUGCUCCGCAGGGUCAGCCACCCGAACAUCGUGGCCCUGGAAGAUGUCCAUGAGAGCCCGUCCCACCUCUACCUGGCCAUGGAGCUGGUGACGGGGGGUGAGCUGUUUGAUCGCAUCAUGGAGCGGGGCUCCUACACGGAGAAGGACGCCAGCCACCUGGUGGGCCAGGUCCUCGGCGCUGUCUCCUACCUGCACAGCCUGGGCAUUGUGCACCGAGACCUCAAGCCUGAAAACCUUCUAUAUGCCACCCCCUUUGAGGACUCCAAAAUCAUGGUCUCUGACUUUGGCCUCUCCAAAAUCCAGGCUGGCAACAUGCUAGGAACUGCCUGUGGGACUCCAGGAUAUGUGGCCCCGGAGCUCUUGGAGCAGAAACCCUACGGGAAGGCUGUAGAUGUGUGGGCCCUGGGUGUCAUCUCCUACAUCCUGCUGUGUGGGUACCCCCCCUUCUACGACGAGAGCGACCCUGAACUCUUCAGCCAGAUCCUGAGGGCCAGCUACGAGUUUGACUCUCCCUUUUGGGAUGACAUCUCAGAAUCAGCCAAGGACUUCAUCCGGCACCUUCUGGAGCGAGACCCCCAGAAGAGGUUCACGUGCCAGCAGGCCUUACAGCAUCUUUGGAUCUCUGGGGAUGCAGCUUUUGACAAGGACAUCCUGGGCUCAGUCAGUGAGCAGAUCCAGAAGAAUUUUGCCCGGACCCACUGGAAGCGAGCAUUCAAUGCUACCUCCUUCCUGCGCCAUAUCCGCAAGCUGGGGCAGAGCCCGGAGGGUGAGGAGGCCUCAGGGCGGAGGCUGGCCAGCCACAGCCACCCAGGCUUCCAGACCAGCCAGCCCCCCGAGUGGUGACGCCCAGGUUCGUGGGGGUGGCCCUGCACCCCUAGGAGCUGGCUCCUUGGCCAAGGCCGAGGCCAGGUGCACCGACCCCCGGAUCCCUUCCAAUGGACCCUUUCAGUCCCCUCUCCCUCCCCCCAGCCUGGGGCUGGCCUGUGCUGGAGAGUUUGGGUCAUGUGGGUGCAGUAUAUGGCACUGGGGUGGGAGCUGGCGGGGCAUGUCCACAGGGGCUCCCCUCCCCUGUCGCCACCACACUCCUGCUAGAAGCCAAGAGGCCCCCGGGGCUGUCCUUCCUGUGCGCUGUUCUGUGCUUUGCUGACUGUGAGUGGUCCUGCUUGCGCCAUGGCCCUCCAGCCCCUCUCCAGUUCUCCCCAAAUUAAUAAAGACAGACGGAGCAA